AUGAAUUUCGAGCGCCUUGUCUUCCGGGGCGUUGUGUGGAGCGUGGUUUUGGUGGCUUCUGCAGUGCUGGAGGAUAUUCCAGACUGCGAUUUUUUCGACACUGUGAGUUUGACAGGAAGACUGAAGUUUGCGAACGGCUCCUACCAAUAUGAGAACCUCAUUAUACCCGCCGCUCUCACGGGGGCUUACGACUACGAGAUCGACUUUGACGGAAACCGGAGAUCGGUCCAGAGCCACGUUCGGGGAUGUGCGUGCCAGUUGAAGUCGUGUGUGCGGCUUUGUUGCCAUCACAAGCAGCUGUUGAAUAACAACAAAUGCGUGGAGGCUGAGGAACAGGCCCUGGCCUUCGACUACUCAUUGAACAUCACUCAAAAAGAUGGCCAAGAGAGGACCGUGCACAUUCUGGAGGAUAUGGUAGUGCAGCAGGAGCUACCCUUGCCCUGCUUCUGGCAUUACAGUCUCCACGCAGAGUCCUCUGAGGCGGACAAAUGGACGCUGCUUGAGGAUGGCACUCUUAUCCGGCACUACGACGAGGCCCGGCUCUCGAAGCAGCAGUAUUGCCUGCAGCCGUCAAGUUCGGUUUCCGAUUGGAAGUAUUCCCUUGUGCCCUACAACUGCGCCAUCGAGCAGUCAAAGGCGACAAGCUAUGUCAAAAUAGCCUCAGUUAUUUUUUUGGGUUUUACCGUCGGAUUGUACAUUUGGCUCCCCAAGCUCCACAGCCUCCAAGGAAAGUGCUGCAAUGUUUACUUCGUCUGCCUCAUGGUGGCCUUUCUACUGAAUGUUUACACCAAGUUGUACGUAGGAGAGGGAUUUAGUUGCUAUAUUACUGGCUAUGUCGGCUACUUCGCUACCAUGGCCACCUUUCUGUGGCUUUCGGUAACCUGCUUCGCAUACUGGAGAACAUUCUCCAGGAUUGUAUCCAGCCCCGGAAGAAUGAUUGGCCUAAGCUUCUUCACCUUUAACCUCGUCGUGUGGAUGACAGCCGGAACCAUGACCAUUGUAACUUUUCUUGUAGAUUUUUUCCAGCCAUUUCCCGAGGAACUUCUUCCCAACAUAGCAAUCGCCUGUUGGAUUUACACUGCUAGUUGGUCGGGACUGAUUUACUUCUACGGCCCCAUCAGCGUUUUAGUGUUGUUCAACCUCACCAUGUUCGUCUUGACCAUUAUGGUUAUUUACAAGGCCAGGACGGCGGUCUCAAGCUCUCAAAAUGAACGUAAACGGAGAAGAAAUCGUGCCAUAUACGGUGUCUACUUGAACCUAUUUUGUGUUAUGGGUGGCUUUUGGCUUUUUGAAGUAAUUGCCUUUAUGUGCGACAGAUCCAACGUCCUAUCGACUCUUGUGACCGCAAAUGAAUACAUUAAUUCCGGACAGGGAAUCAUGAUAUUCCUAGUGACCGUAUGCAAUAAGGAGGUUUUGAAAUUCGUACGGGAGAGGAUCCAGUCGGAAAAACCAGACCUGGAAAACCACUCCUUUUCAGGGACCCAAGCCUAUCCGCUUAUGACCCAAGUUAGCUGA